CUUUUUAUCUUUUCUUUUUUUGAGACGAAGGAGGUGGAAUCAUUGAUUUAUUUAUUUAGGGUUCUAUUGAUGCGUUGAGAUUCAAGUCCCUUUAUUCUGAUCGGAGGAACUUAUUUAUCAGUAGAAGAUUUAUUGCAGAGAAAAGGAUCUUCUUUCUGGAUAGUGUGUGCUGUUCAUUUAUUCCAUUGAAUGCGGGAUACAUGAUUGCCAAAGCUGCUAAAUUUGGUUUAGUUUUAUGAAAGCUUAUAUCAAUGUGGUCUAAUUGGGAUAGAGUGGAUGGAUGUAUGUGAAUCAGAGCUAGCAUUACGGAAACAUAGAACUGUGGAGACCACAAGAUCACCCUUGGUUCCGGCUGAAAAGAACAAUGCAAUCACCACCCGGCGCUCGGGAACAAGGGAAGUUAGUUCACGGUAUAAGUCACCUACUCCGGCAACCCCAUCUGGUCCUCGUCGAUGCCCAUCUCCAAACCUCACAAGAACAACUCCUGCAUCAUCCAAAUCGCUACCCAAGAGAUCUCAAUCAGCAGAGAGGAAGCGGCCUACGACUCCUCCUUCCCUGCCAAUUCCUUCUACACCCGUCCGAGACUCAUCUGUAGAUGUGAAUUUGUCAUCCAGAAGGGUAGCUGGUAGCCGAUUGGCGGAGACACUAUGGCCUUCCACAAUGCGAAGUUUGAGCGUUUCUUUCCAGUCAGAUACCAUUUCCAUACCUGUUAGCAAGAAAGAGAGGCCAGUUACUAGUGCUUCUGAUCGUACUCUGCGGCCGGCUUCAAACGUGACACACAAGCAGGUUGAAACUCCCAACAUACGAAAGCCUACGCCGGAGAGAAAGAGGAGUCCUCUUAAGGGGAAAAAUACCUCUGAUCAGUCCGAGAAUUCAAAACCAGUUGAUGGCUUGCAUUCUCGAUUGAUAGAUCAGCAUCGGUGGCCAAGUAGAAUAGCUGGGAAGGUAUCUUCUAAUGUAUUAAAUAGAAGUGUUGAUAAUGCUGAUAAGACAACCAGAACGUUGAAAACUUCUGUUCCAGGAACCGGUGUGCCUUCACUGAGAAGACUGUCUUUACCAGGUGAAGGGAGUGGUGUGUCUUCACUGAGAAGAUUGUCUUUACCUGGUGAAGCGAGUGGUGUAUCUUCACUGAGAAGAUUGUCUUUACCUGGUGAAGCAUCUUCACUGAGAAGAUUGUCUUUACCUGGUGAAGCGAGUAAGCCCUUGCAAAAAGCUUCUAGUGAUGCUGCAAGGCUAUUGUUGCUUGUUGAAAGCGGUAGAGUAGGAAGCAGCGAGGCGAAGUCAGUAGAGGACAGCUUCCAGUUAUUAAGGCCUCACAAAUCUGUUUCUGCAACUCCAUCAGUCAGAUCUCAGACCUUGCCAAGUCCAGGAUCACGUCUCCCAUCACCUAUUAAGACCUCAUUGCUAUCCUCUUCUUGUUCAAGAGGUGUCAGUCCAUCUCGGUCAAGGCCAUCAACUCCUCCUAGAGGGGUUAGUCCAUCUCGAAUAAGGCCACCCAAUUCAUCCAACCAAUCCAACAAUUCAAAUUCAGUGCUCAGCUUUAUUGCCGAUUUUAAAAAAGGGAAAAAGGGUGCAACCUACAUAGAAGAUGCUCACCAAUUACGGCUUCUCUACAACAGACACUUACAAUGGAGAUUUGUCAAUGCGAGAGCAGAGGAUGUACUUUACAUCCAAAAUGCAACUGUGGAGAAAACUCUGUAUAAUGUAUGGAAGACUACUUUGUCUAUUUGGGAAUCGAUUAUUAGGAAGAGGAUCAAUCUCCAGCAGCUGCAGCUCGAGCUGAAGCUGAACUGUAUUUUGAAUGAUCAAAUGACCUACCUUGAUGACUGGGCUGUACUUGAAAGCGAUCAUGUGAAUGCUCUAUCUGGGGCUGUAGAAGACUUGGAGGCAAGCACUCUUCGUCUUCCAGUAACUGGAGGAGCAAAGGCAGAUAUUGAGCAUUUGAAGGUUGCUAUCUGUUCAGCUGUUGAUGUCAUGCAAGCAAUGGGAUCUGCAAUCUGCACUUCACUCUCACGGGUGGAGGGCAUGAAUAAUUUAAUUUCUGAAGUUGCUGUUGUAUCAUUACAGGAAAAAGCCAUGCUUGAUGAAUGUGAAGCGCUACUGACUUUUGCAACAGCUAUGCAGGUUGAAGAAUAUAGCCUCCGGACGCAUCUCAUGCAGAUCAAGCAAACUUUGGAGGUAACUAAAUAACCAAUCUCGGAAAUGUAAACACGCAUGAGUCUGACCUGCUUCUAAGCUAACAACAAGUCUCUUGCGGCUGCAGCCAAAAUGAUAUAGUAUUAGUAUCUAAUAUAUUCCUGGUUCUUCGCCAUUGUAAAUUUUUUAUAUAGGUUCUUUUUUUUUCCCCUUUCCUCAAAUGUAUUGGAAUUCAUAUUGUUCUAUAUCUUCUUCUUCUUCUUCUUCUUUCUACUCAACACUGGUGGCCCCA